UACCAUAAUUAUAAUACUGCCUGCAACAAUUUCUGCAAUUUUUUCUUCUCGUUGUAAAUUUCUUUCUUUCGAUGCAUUUACUCAAGCUAAUGACAGUCAAUGAUAAUUAAGCAUGUAUUUUAUAUAGUUUCUGCUGCGAAUAUGCCAUGCUAUAUUACAGAAGUCCAUUUACUUGUCAAUCUAUUGUCAAUCUGCUAGUCAUGUGCUAAAUAUAUAAUAUAGAAGUAUUGGUAGAUCCUAAUAUCGUUACAUAGCAACCAAAUAGAUGGAAAUCAACAAAGACCUGGUUAUUUAUUGAUGUGUAAGUCGCGCUUUAAUUAUUACACGAACAUCGUUCUAAUUACCAAGGAAUAAUCUGUCGUGACACGCAGUAGAUUUCCUGCAAAAUCUUUUAAACGCAAUGUAUCGUGAUCUACUGAAUUCUUCAAUUGGGUGGAACGAAGACGACGAGAAGAAUGGCAAAGAAAGUGGCACCCGCGGCAUUGCAGACGGAAGUUAUUAAUGAUGAAGAAUGGGCAAAGAUACUAAAGCGGAAGGGUUUAGUAGUGGUGGAUGUGUAUUCGGAUUGGAGUGGUCCUUGUACAGGUAUGGUGAGCAUUUUGAAGAAGAUAAAGAUGGAGAUUGGGGGCGACGCAUUGAGUUACGCCACGGCGAGUUGCGAUCGCGUCACCGAUUUAAAAAGAUUUCAAGGCAAGAGUGAACCCACGUGGAUGUUUAUUCAUGAAGGGCGAAUGAUAAAUUUGAUGUUUGGUGCUCAUUGUCCGCAAUUUAUGAAAACGCUUGUGACUGAGCUUGAAAGAGUUCAAAAUGGCGGCGAACACGAAUUUUCAUUAGACGUUUUCGAGAUGAGUCCAGAAGAAGUAACACGAUUGGAAAUUCAGGAGGAGGCAAGAAAAGCCAAAGAAAUAGCGAGGAAAUCUCGAAAAGAGGCUGAAGCUAAGGCGAGAUACGAAGCGGAGAUGCUACAUCUAACGACAUCGUUAUGUAAUGAAACUUGUUUGCUGCUAUUUCCCUGGAUAUUCAAGGAUGAAGAGGGAAAAAGAAGAGACAAGAGAACGAGUCCACCAUAUGUGGAAUUGAUCGAAGAAUUAUUACCGGAAAAUUACACAGUGGAACAAGAAAUACGCAAAAGAAUGAAUGAUGAUCUGCUUCAUCAGAUACUCGAUGAAUCGACAUAUAGCUUCUCAGAGAACGCCAAACAAUUGCUCCUUGAUGGCAAAUGUAUGUUCAUGCGAUUAAAGAUUGUCGAGGGAAGAAAGGAUGUCGAUGUUCAUAGUCAUCUGUGCACUAUCGUGUUCAAUCAAUCGACGUUGCCAGAAUCAGAAGAAGAUCUGAAUGAAGAUUGUUUCGCCGUAAAACAUUGUCCAGCUUUUGAAGUUCCUGAUAAGGAAAUUAAAAAGUUUCCUUUUGUUUGGACACCUCUAAAUCCCAGAAACAAAGCAAUUGUUUUUCGUUCGAUAUUUAGUGUUUACACUAAUACGACGUAUCCGUACGAAGAUAAGAUGACAAAAGUGCCGAUAACCGUCUUUAAAUAUGACUAUACACGUAAAAAUGAUUUAAAAAUGGUAUUAGACAUGUUUAACGAUGAUGUUAUGGAUUUUGGUAUAUUCGAAUAUGAUAAACCACCUGAAGCUAAGAUGAUCGCCAAAAAUAUAGAUGUAUUCGAGAUGAACGCUGAAGAGAAGACAGGUUACGAAAUAUUUGUCUGCACAGUAAAGAAAGUAGGAUGUGAAGCGUUUUUGGGUUUUGCUGGAAUUGGACCUUAUCAUGUAAGUGAAAAUCCGGAAAAGGCUAUAGAGGAGUCAAAGUUAUAUUUUCCGGAUGUUACUGCUAUGGAAGACACACAGUCGGAUGACGAGGAAAAACCUGAGGAAUUAAUGGAAGAAAAUCAGGAUACAGCAGCAACAUAAUUGCUUUGAUCAUACAGCAUAUAAAAAAGGUAAAAUGUAAACAGUAAAUUAUAGCUUGAUAGAGUAGAUAGCUGAAUUCAAAAUUCAAAAUUACCUUAAUAAUAAUUAUAUAUACAUUUUAUCUUUUCAUAUAUACAUAUCGUUUUACUGUACAUAUUCAGAGUAUUUUAUUCUAUUCGCAUAUGCAACUAUAUGUAAUAUAUUUAUUAAUUUGCCGAAAUUCGAGUAUAAUUCGGCGACAAAGUUGCGUACAAAAUAGAAAAAAAUUCUGAAUAUCUACAGUAACACGAGAAAAAAAAGAGAAUUCAUAUUUCAUAUAAAACAAAUGUUUAUUUCCCACCAUGAUCAUCCCUUGUAUGAAAAGAGUGUGUGGUACUGUGAAUAAAAAUAUCUUAAGGUAAAUUAUAUUUAUCUUAUUUCUUAUAACCU